AUGAAUGAUGCCAUCGAGGUCAUCGUCGUUGAAACAGCCGAGGGCGACGAACCGGCGAACGAAGCGAGUCGGACGGUGCGAGAGAUCUUGCGCGCGGCGCGCGUGACGGCUCGGGGGGACGGGGGGGACGCGGCACGCGGGAAGAGGUACGCGAUGGUGAUGGUGGGCGAUUGCGACGUCAUCGCGGCGCGCGGGGCGUUUUUACAUAAUCAAUCAAUCCCGCUCGAUGCGAACGCGGUGGGCGCGUCGGUGGACGCGGCGUUGCGGAAGAUUGGGUGGAUGCGGAUCGGACCCGCGAUGGUGAUCGAUCGAUCGAAGGAGGAGGACGACGCGUGGUCGCGCGGCGAGUGCGCGCGGAUGCGGACGUGGGCGGACACCGUCGUCGCGCGGACGCGCGCGUCGUCGACGUAG